AUGACCGUCAACGGCACCAACGGGGAUUCCCCGUCACUCGGCGAACUUAAGCAUAUCUCGUCGACUCGCUUAACUCCCAGCCUCAGCAUUCAUACAUUCUCUAUACUUACAAACCAAAAUUUCAGUCGGAGCUUCCGUCCCAGUCAGCACCUGACACUACAAUUCCCGCCUGAUCUAGAUCCUGUGUCGGGACCCCAGAACUUAUCGGACCAAGAAAGAUGUCUUUCUUUCACACCUUUCCAUUUGCAGUAUGCUGAGGACGGAAGUAUUGAGAGCAUCUCGCUGAUGGCGCGCAACGGCCGUGUUACCGGCUUGCUGGGACUCCCGAGGCCACAUGGACCGUUGGUCGCUAAGAUUGUUGAGGUCGGUGGCGGGUUCCCCUCUGAGAUACUGAAACAAACUGGUCAAGCAUUGUGCAUUGCUGGUGGUACUGGGAUCGCACCUUUCAUCGCCAUGGCGGCAGCCAAAAACCUCAACAGCAGCGCCAAUGACCUGAAGCCCAGUCUCAUUUCCAGCAUUCGCGGGGAUGACUUUGGAGUUAUCGAGUAUCUCUGGAACCACGAAAUACUUUACCCGCGAGAUUGGAAUGUAGUUCGCAUUUUCGUGACGCCAGGAGAAGAAACUGGUGGGAUGGGUUCUGGCAAGUCACAGAGCUGGUGGCAUCAUCGCUUCAAGGAGCUCUUACAUGACCAUAGCGACAAUGAUGUAUUCCGCCUUGGAAGAAUGGAGAAGGAUGAUUUGGAAGGGUUCAGUAAAGAUAGAGAUGGCCCAGUGCUCUUUUGUGGGAGUAAGCAAUUGGAGUGGCAAGUCAAAAUGUGGUUUCUGGGAAAGAAGAAUAUCCAUUGUACGGAAAGAUAG